AUGUUUGGCAGAUUUGUUACACGGAUAGACAAAACAACGAUAGCUGAUUUUAUAUCUAUCCUGACCUUUACUUGGCGUCGUAGAAUCAGGCUUUCCAUUAUUUCCCGUCAAUGUCUAUCUUCAGAAUGGCAACUCCCUGUUCUUCCACGUCUCUUAGUCUGUCUCGCGUUGAUCACCGAUUCCACCAGGACGAGAUCUAGGAGACGUUAUCUAUCUAUCUAUCUAUCUAUCUAUCUAUCAUACUGUUUUUAUCUCUCUCUUUCUCUCGCUCUAUCCCUAACUAUCUCACUAUGUAUGUAUCAUAGUCUUUUCUUAUCUAUCUAUCUAUCUAUCUAUCUAUCUACGUAUCAUAGACUGUUUUUAUCUCUCUGUUGUGAUAAAUAUGGCGACAAAGAUGAGGACAAUACUGUGAAAAAUGUAAAUAGCGAUCGAAAGGAAUACUCUAUUUUUUAUGAAGCAGGAGACUUUAUCUAUCUAUCUAUCUAUCUAUCUAUCUAUCUAUCUAUCUAUCUAUCUAUCUAUCAUACUGUUUUUAUCUCUCUCUUUCUCUCUCUCUCUCCCUGUCUAUCUCUAUAUCUAUGCAUCAGCAAGAGACUUUAUCUAUCUAUCUAUCUAUCUAUCUAUCUAUCUAUCUAUCUAUCUAUCAUACUGCUUUUAUCUCUCUCUUUCUCUCUCUCUCUCUUUCCCUAUCUAUCUCUCUAUCUAUGUAUCAUUGUCUGUUGUGAUCAAUAUGGCGACAAAGAUGAGGACAAUACUCCGAAAAAUGUAAUUCUAUCUAUCUAUCUAUCUAUCUAUCUAUCUAUCUAUCUAUCUAUCUGUUCGUUGUAG